AUACGAUUCCCUCCUCGACCUUUGGCUGACUGCAGCGACAGACAAGAGCAAGAGGCAACAGCAGCAGCCAGUACCCAGAUGCCGCUGCCUCGCUCACUCUUCACGGGUGCAAGGUCGAUAGCACGACAUCAACCUGCUCAUCUCGCACGACCUCUCGCGAGCUCCUUCAUCCGAUUCAACUCGACCUCCUCGUUCGUCGAUGUACAGCAUUCGGAGCUCCUGGCUAGAGCAGGGGACAAGCCACAAGUCGAUGUGGACAAGGAUGGCCAAGCUAAAAAGGAUGUUAAGAGACGGGCAGAGGAAUUGAGCCGGCAAGAGGAUACGUCGAGGUGGACAGGGAAAUUGACACCGACCACGAGUCACCUAUUCAAGCUCGUCUUGCCCUUGCCCCGGUCACUAGCAGCAUUAUCACAGGGACAAUCUGAAGCUACAGCUGAGAAUUCGAGCACUUCUCGACAAGCACCCGAGUCGACAGCCCGACAACCCGAGCUGAACGUGGUCGAGACGGCCUACCUCUUACACCCCUCUCAACCCCUCUCACACGUCUCGAGGCUCAUCCUCGGUUCGCUCCCUUCCUCCGAACGGUCAGCCGAGGUUGAAUUCCGCGCCGUUAGCGGGAGAGAUCACGAUGCAUACCCCUCAGCUACCUCUCCUUCAUCGUCCACCUCGGAUGCCUCAUCUGGAUCUGCUAACACCUCAACAGGGUCAGGGUCGGGGUCGAGCGGGGAGGUAGAAGCACUAGAGACGGUAGCCGAAGAAGGAGGUCCGAUUCUGAACGAUAGAAACCCCAACGGAGCGGAGCUUCAGGAAGUCAGGUGGUCGACUUCGACGGAUCUGGGGGAUUUUAUCAAGCAGAGUACUCUGGCACAAGAGUCAAGAUACCGACGUUUGCGAGCAGGACGGUCUACCUCCGAAGGAGGUUGUUGAAGCUUACUACCGAGAUUGCAAAGAUGACCGAACAGAAGAAAAUGCUAGACAAGGAGGCUCAUCGUGCGGCGAGGAGGUACUCGGUCAUGGGACUCGGAGGUCUGGUUGCAUACUGGGGUGUAG